ACCGGCAGCACAAACAAGCAUCAAAGCAGCAGGAUAAGGACAACAAUAAAUGGGUGUCAUACCACCGGAGCCCAGAGGCUGAGCUCCUGUGGCCGCAGAGAGCGCCACAUGGAGGCGGUGCUGAGAAACCUGUCGAGCAGCGUGGAGCUGCUGGCCGUGGCGGCGCACAGCGGUGAGGUGCAGCAGUGGGAUAAACAGACCAUGUCCAGAGCUUUUCACUGGGCCAGGUACUGCGAACACGUUUUCUCCAGGUUUCACAAUAAUCCCGCUAUUUGCAGGAUCUUGGAGAAGCAGCUGCAGAUCACAAAUAACAGUGUGCGAGCUGUCUUCCCCGGUUACAGAGAGGUCUGUUUCUUGGAGCUCUCCCGGUGCCAACACGUGUUGCUCGUUGGGCUGUUGAACAACCCCGAGGUGCCCAUCUCCAUCAUGAAGAUGCUCUUUGACAACACAAGUCCUGUGAACAUCCAGCAGGGAGAAGAUGAGGAUCUUACCGGCCUGUGCAGCCACAUCAUUCAGUACAAAUCUGCCUGUAAAGUCCUGACUCCUUUCACAGACUCGUCAGUUGCUGGUGCUGAUGCUGAGGUGCAGGCGGGGAUGCUGAUGGAGAGGCUGGAUGCUCUGCUGAGCCAAGCCAGCAAAACCUGCCAGGCAGAGCGUUUUCUGGACACUGUUCUCAAGGGAUGUGAAGGAGCGUCAGAGCAUUUCUGUCGGGUCAUCGCUGCGGCUCUGCUGACAAGGACGAACUCUGCUGCUCAAACUGCUUCAGUGAACUUUCUCUUGGACUGGCUGCAGCAAAAACACACCCUGCUGCAGCUUGUGUGUUCUGCACUGUCUUCAGCACUGCUUAUAGACUUGGCCAAAGAACGUCUGAAAUUCAGACACGCUUAUUUUGAUGUACUGAAAAAGUGGGCCUCAGACAUGGAGUACAGUAUCAGUGAUGAUGAAUGGGUUAAAACGAGCCCAAAUCCCACGGUGUCCUUCCAGAAACUGACUGAGCACUUUGUGGGCUUGUUUGAAGCCUGUCCCUCUCUAUGGAACGAUGUAGAAAAAGAGCUAAAUAAUUUGAAGAUUUCUGAUGGAGACUUUGACGUCAGAGGUCUGAGUGUGUGGGGAGACCUCUUGUCAGAAAUAAACAAGGGACUGUCAAUUAGGGUUACUUGA